AUGCUGGUGGUGGAGGUGGCAAAUGGCCGCUCCCUGGUGUGGGGGGCCGAGGCCGUACAGGCGCUGCGGGAGCGCCUGGGCGUGGGGGGCCGUACGGUGGGCGCCCUGCCCCGCGGGCCCCGCCAGAACUCGCGUUUGGGCCUCCCGCUGCUGCUGAUGCCGGAGGAGGCGCGGCUGCUGGCUGAGAUCGGCGCUGUGACCCUGGUCAGCGCCCCGCGCCCGGAUCCCCGCAACCACGGCCUGGCUCUGGCGGCGUUCAAGCGCCAGCAGGAGCAGGAUUUCCAGGAGCAAAGCGCCCUGGCUGCGGAGGCCCGGGAGACCCGGCGUCAGGAGCUCCUGGAGAAGAUCGCAGAGGGCCAGGCCGCAAAGAAGCAGAAGCUCGAAGAGGAUGCAGGGGCCGAGGGCAGCCUCCCGGUUGGAGAGAGCGAGGCCGGCGCCAGCCAGCCUUCCAAAGAGGACGAGGAUGCAGGUGAGGCUGUGGGUGGAAGUUUGGAUUCAUCAGACCCUCUGUCCUUUGCAUCUCUCACAGGUCCCUCAUCUUCAGAUGGGCUGACCCCCUUACCCAGGUCUGCUCUACUUGUCCAGCUGGCCACUGCCAGACCUCGGCCCAUCAAGGCUCGGCCCCUGGACUGGAGAGUUCAGUCUAAAGACUGGCCCCACGCGGGCCGUCCUGCCCAUGAGCUGCGCUAUGGCGUGUACAGAGACCUGUGGGAGCGAGGCUUCUUCCUCAGCGCCGCGGGCAAGUUUGGAGGCGACUUCCUGGUCUAUCCUGGUGACCCGCUACGCUUCCACGCCCACUACAUCGCUCAGUGCUGGGCUGCUGGGGACCCAAUCCCACUCCAGGACCUGGUUUCUGCAGGCCGCCUCGGAACCAGCGUCAGAAAGACACUGCUGCUCUGUUCUCCGCAGCCUGAUGGUAAGGUGGUGUACACCUCCCUGCAGUGGGCCGGCCUGCAGUGA